GCGCUGCGGCCCGCGUUGGGGCCCGAGCGGCUCCGCGCCGAGCUGCACCUGCUCUUCGACCAGCUGCUGUGCGAGUGCUGCGGGCCCGCCGCCUCCCCCGGGCCCAGCGCGCAGGAUGUUUGCUCUGUACUUGUUCAGGCCUGCCAACUGGUUCAUCUCAACCAGGAGCAUCUUGUCAGCAAAGUCUCUCAGCUUAUUCAUCAUCUACUUAACCGAUUUCAGGUCUCAGCUGAUGAGCAGGAUCUGGAUUUUCUUCUCGGCUAUUCCAUCUCUGCGCUUAAACAGUGUAGCUCUUGGACACACAUUGAGAUUCUGCAAGCCUUAGCAACUCUUGUUUACAAUAAUGGACCUAAAUGUCAGAAGUACCUCCCAGAUUUGCUGGGGAAGAACGGACUCCUGGUACAGUUCAGUGGCCCAUGUCAGACUGACUGGGAUCUUCGGAGGGCAGCAGUGCACAGCAUGGCCAACCUGUGUCUCAGUGUUCCUGGACAGCCGUACUUAGAUGAAUCUUACAGGAGUCUCUGCUUUCAAACUUUCUUGAAUGUUUUACAGUCUUCAAAAGCCCCUGAUGUAGAUGACAUCACUUUUUGCAUGUUGUUACAGAAUGCCCUGAAAGGUAUCCAGUCACUCUUAAAUGGCGGGAAGAUGAAGCUAAUGCAGACUGAUCAGCUUGGGUCUCUUCUUGCAGUAUUAAAGAAAUGCAUGUUUUAUGGGCUUCCUGGCUUGAACAUAGAGAUGCCUGCAGUCUUGUAUCCAGCUCCUUUGCCUCAGUAUGACAAAAGAUCACCUGUCAAACAAGAGCAAUCAGAGUUGAGCACCUUUAAGCAAACGGGGAACCGAAGAAAAAAGUCCAAAGGGAAACAAAAGAAAGGGGAAGAAGUCAAAGAAGAGUCGAGUGAUGCAGGCAAUGAAUCAGUCCGUGGAAUAGACAUCUUUAAACUACAUUUGGGAGAUGGGCAAAGCAGCCCGUGUUCAGAUCCCCAGAAUGGUACAUUAGACGCUACAUGUAUGCCUGCAGGAAAGGAUCAUUUAUCUUCAUGCCACCCCAGCUGGAAAAGAAUCAGUAGCAGUGAGUCAGAGUAUUCUGAUGCUGAAGGUGGAAUACAAAGCAAAAUGAGAUCUUAUCAAGCCAAAGUUCGACAAGGGGCUCUAGCCUGUUUCCUUUCCACUAUAAAAUCAAUAGAGAAGAGAGUCCUUUAUGGCUACUGGUCUGCAUUUGUUCCGGAUACACCUGGAAUAGGCAGCCCUCAGUCUGUGUCCUUGAUGACUAUUGCUUUAAAGGAUCCUUCUCCAAAGACUCGUGCCUGCGCUCUUCAGGUUCUUUCAGCCAUAUUGGAAGGUUCUAAGCAAUUCCUUUCUGUAGCUGAAGAUGCAAAUGACCACAAAAGAGCUUUCACUCCCUUCUCUGUGACUAUUGCUUCCAGUAUCCGAGAGUUGCACCGCUGUCUGCUGCUAGCCCUGGUGGCUGAAGCCUCCCCACAAACACUUACCCAGAUCAUCAAGUGCCUUGCAAACCUGGUAUUGAACGCACCAUAUAACCGCCUGAAACCCGGCCUACUGACAAGAGUGUGGAACCAGAUAAAGCCAUACAUUCGUCAUAAAGAUGUUAAUGUUCGAGUUUCUAGUCUCACCUUGUUGGGAGCUGUACUGUCUGCUCAAGCUCCCUUACCAGAGGUGCAGUUGCUUCUACAACAACCAAGUUCUUCAGGGCUAAGUAACAGUGGAAGCGCAACUCCUCAUCAUUUCAGUUCCUCUGACUGGUGGAGAAAGGCACGUCCCUCUGAAGGGGAGCCUGCUGCUAAUUCAGAAAGUGCAUCUUCAGAUCCCUGCUGGCUCAUCCGUCUCUGCAUCUCCAUCAUUGUUCUCCCAAGAGAAGAUUCCUACUCUGAUAGUGAUGCUAGCUUCGCUUCUGGUACUGUGCAUGAACCAUCUCCUGUUCGACUGGAGGCGUUACAGGUCUUGGCACUUCUUGUAAAGGGCUAUUUCUCCAUGGCCCAGAAUUAUUUGUUAGAGUUUGGAGAGGUGGCUUGCAAAUGCAUGGAGGAAGCAGAUCCAUCUAUUCAGCUCCACGGUGCCAAGCUUCUGGAGGAGCUGGGCACGGGCAUAAUCCAACAGUACAAACCAGAUUCAGCCGUUGCUCUCAGUCAGAGAGUACCUGUUGACUUGGUGGUAAGGUUUUGGACUAUGAUGUUAAAUGGUCCUCUACCUAGUGCCCUUCAGAAUGAUCAACACCCUACCCUUCAGACAAGUGCCUGUGAUGCUCUUUCUUCUAUCCUCCCUGAAGCUUUCAGCCAUCUGAAGGUUGACCGCCAGAUCCUGUGCAUCACUGUGCUCCUUGGAUUGAACCACAGCGAGAACCCGCUGCUGAAAGCUGCCGCGGCACGAGCCCUUGGAGUCUACGUCCUCUUCUCGUGCCUUAGGCAGGAUGUGAUGUUUGUCGCGGACACUGCAAAUGCCAUCCUGAACUCCCUCCACGACAAGUCUCCAAACGUCCGUGCCAAAGCAGCCUGGUCCCUGGGCAACCUUACAGACACUCUCAUCGUCAACAUGGAUUCUAUGGGGCAAAGCUUCCAAGAAGAAUUCUCAGAUCUCUUGCUAUUGAAAAUGUUACGGUCAGCAGCUGAGGCAUCCAAGGACAAAGACAAGGUUAAGAGCAAUGCAGUCCGAGCCCUUGGAAAUCUGCUUCAUUUCCUUCAGCCAUCCCACAUAGAAAAUCCCAGAUUUAAUGAAGCUAUUGAGGAGUCUAUCCAGGCCCUGAUUUCUACUGUCCAGAGCGAGGCCACCAUGAAAGUGCGGUGGAAUGCAUGCUAUGCGCUGGGAAAUGUAUUCAAAAACCCUGGCUUGCCGCUUGGAGAAGCUCCUUGGACCACACAAGCCUACGAUGCUCUUGCAUUUGUGGUGAAGUCAUGCAAGAAUUUCAAAGUCCGGAUCAAGUCUGCCAUGGCGCUCUCCAUCCCUGACAAGAGGGAGCGCUAUGGAACUACUAAACAGUUCAGCCAGAUCUGGAGUGCCUUGGUUAUAGCCCUGCAGAAGAGCGAGGACACGGAGGAUUUUCUGGAGUUCAAAUACAGCGCCAGCCUGAGAACCCAGAUUUGCCAGGCGCUGAUUCACCUGUUGAGCUUGGCCCACACUACAGACCUCCCAUUCAUUUGGGACACAUUAGCAGAAAAGGGUGAGACAAUCAGAUCGUACAUCUUGCAGUACAUGAAAUCAGGGGUCGAGGAGGACGAUGCUGGAAUGCAGCCGAACUCUCACGAGAGAGAGAAGAUCUUGAAAAGAGCUAUUGAGCAUCUCUGUGGGAUCGAGGAGCUCCUGGAAGGCAAAACCAAAGUGGGGGUUGCUGCUUACCUAAAAGAUAUUAUGGCAAACCAUGUCAAUGCCACUGAAUUAGCAGAGGCUUAGGAAGGUUCAUGCAGUGUUUUACUGACCAAUAAAUGACGCCUUCUGAUUCUAUGCAGGGGGGGAGUAUACGGUUUUCAUUUAUUCAGGAGGGCUGAAAAGGGGGUUGGCUGGUAACAGGUGAGUGUGUUAUCACCUUGAAAACAAAUGUCUUUAUUCUUGAUACAUUUUAUAAACACAGAGCCUUUUUAUGA